AUGGGUAAUUCAUCAUCAUCAAAGAAACAACAAAAACAUGAACAAAUAAAAAAACUUCAAAAGAAGCAGACGUUUUGUUGUUUUUGUUCAACAAAAUCAUCGUCAUCUCUAUCAUUGUCAAAUGACAGUUAUUUACCAACAUUUGAUCGAAUUGUUGAAAAGAAAAUAUCAUUCCACAACAACAACAACAAUAAUAACAACAAUCAAAAUAGUUAUUCGAAUUACUAUGUUGAUCUAACACAAUCAACUAAAAAUACGAAUGACAUUGUUCAAACACUCACUGUUGAAAUACCAAAACAAGAGCAAUCAAUAUCAGAAAAUUCUUCAAUUAUUUGUACACCAACAUUAUCAUCAGUUAGUAAUACUAAGAAAGUAAAAGAUGAUAAUAAUUCACUUUUAACAACAUCUUCUACUAGUAGUAGUCAUAAUAGACGCUCUUUAUCUCUCGAUAAUGUUGUUGUUACACCCACUCUAAAUCGACAUACGGAUAAUUCGGAUGGAGAUGGUGUUUUUAAAAUACCACAGUUACCAUUGCGACAAUUACCCUCUGUUGUCACACCAUCAGCAACAAUUACUCAAAGUCGUUCACAUCAUUUUUCAUCAUUUCGUUUACCACUUACGAAUACAAAACGUACAUAUUAUUCACAAUCGAUCGAACAAGCAAAAUCGUCAAUUGAAGAUUUAGAAAAAUCAUUACAAGGUUGUCAAUCAAUUGAUAAAUGGAUUGAUUCAUUAUCAAUUCUUGGUACACCAUCAUUAAGUCGUAUUAAUAAACAUCGAAUAAUUACAACGCCCGUUAGUCAACAACGACAGAAAAAACGAACAUCAACUACAGUCGAUGAUGAAUUAUUUAUUAAUUAUCAAAAACCUACUAUUAACGAAAUAGUGUUUAAUAAACAAUGUGAAAGUCCGGUGAUAAAUGAUUUUGACGAAGAUUUACCAACAUUAUUAGUUUCUAAUACAACGAGUAAUUUAGAAGUUUUACAUUUAGCUAAAUGUCUUAAUUUAAACUUGUUAACAUUAAAUAAUUAUCUAAAAGAUUUUUUAUUUCGUUUAUUAUAUUAUCAACAAACAUUAUAUAAACAGCGUUUAAAAUUAUUACCAUUAUCGUGUAAUAAUAAAAAAACUAUUAAAAAUCAUUUUUCACAUCCAGUUAUGAUUUAUCCAGUAAUUGAUAAUAACAGUACUCAAAUAUCAACAAUUUUAGCUAAUGAUUUAUAUAUUGAAUUCAUCUAUCCAUUAGAAUGUAUUUUGCCCACAUUAUUAACCAGUCCUUAUAGUACAUAUAAUAUUCAAGAACAAAUACGUUCACGAUGUUUUUUCAUUCCAGAAAUUUGUUUUAAAACAUUACCAUUAGAUGAUGAUUAUAAACAUAAACAAGAAAUAGAACAAACAACUUUAACUCAUGUUGUUAUUGAUUUAGAAAUGGGUAAUAAAGAUACAUCAAAUCAAAUAAAAAAAUUACAACAAACGGAUGAUUCAUCAUUAUGUUUAUUUAUUUGUGAUGAAAAUGAACAUUCAACAUUUUAUACUGGACAUAUUCGUUUAGAUAAAUCAUAUUUGAAACAGUAUACACAUUUUGUUUAUCGUCUAUCUAAUGAACAAGAAGGAGAAGAUAAUAAUUAUUAUUUAUCAUCGUAUGUAUUUCGACAAUGGUUUCAAUCAUUAAUUAUUUUAAAUCAAACAUGUUCAAUAGCAAAUCGUUUUUUAACGGGUGAUGGGAGUUAUUUAACUUGUCUAUUAAAACCUGAAAAAACAAUGACAAAAAUUGAUUUGAUUGACAAUAAUGAAAUUAUUAUGAACAAUAGUAAUUCUUCUAGUCUUUCAAAUCAUGUGUUGAAACGAGAAUCGAGUAUUGAACAAAAUUUAUCAACUAUGGAUGAUCAAUAUCAUAUUCAAUUAGUUUGUUUACGUUUACCACCUACAUUAUAUUUACUUGAUUCAUCAUCUACUGAUCAAAACGAUCAUAUUAACAAUAAUAAAGAAACAAAUGAAUUAAGAACAAAAUUAUCACAUAUUCAUGCAUUCUCUGAUUUAUUUUUAUCAAAUAAUAAAAAUUCUGAAACUUGUAUUAACGUUGAUUAUGAACAAUAUGUUUUUGCUAUUCCAUUAAUAAAAUGGCCAACUUAUAUUCUCAAUAAUUAUUAUUAUAAACGUAAUUUAAAACGAAAAUGGCCAUCAAAAUAUCAUAUGAAUAUAAUUAUUAAAAAACAAAUAUUAGUAAUACCAAAAUCAAAUUGUAAAAUGAAUUUAUCACAAUCAACAAAUCAUCAUCUCGAUGAUCGAUGGCAAUUAAAUUUUGAUUUAGUUGAAAAUUUAUUAUAUGAAUAUAUGAAUGAGUCAACUUUAUUUUUAUUUACAUUUUGUUUACAACUAUUUUCAUUAACAAAAAAAUUAAAUGGAAUUAAUCAUAGUGUCGAUUAUGAGAAUGAACAACAACAACAAAAUGAUGAAUAUGCAAUUCGUUUAUGCAUAAAACAUUGUUUUUUAAAUUAUUGUGAAAAAUAUGGUCUACCAUUUUCGACAUCAAUAUCUAGUCGUCAAAGUACAAACGAUUCGAUAUUAGAUUUGACACAUCAUUUUUUAAAAGAAUUAUAUGCAAAUUUAAAACAAAAUUUUCUUUCUCAUUAUUUUAAUCAUGAAUACAAUAUUUUAAAUAUAUUUUUUGAUAAUGAUAAUUCUAAUGUGUUUUUGAAAUGGUUUAAUCAUAUUGAAUAUUGUUCAUUGGAUCGUCAAAAAUGGUUUACAUUAAAAUUACAAUAUUCAAAUUCAACAAUGUCUGUCUAUAAACCAUUAGUAAUUGAAUAUAUGUUUUAUUAUAUUGAUCAAUUGUACGAUGAAUUUCAUAUAAAACGAAAAGAUAUGAGAUUUAAUGAACAAGUACUCAUUGAAUUACAUGAAAAAUUAUGUGAAAAAUUAACAAAUGAAAAUGGUCUAAUAUGGACGAAUGAUAUUAUGAAUAAUCAAACAAUUCGAAUGAAAAUUCAAUAUCAAUUAGCAAAUGAAUUUGAAAAAAAUGCUGAAUUAAUACAUACAUGUUUAAAUCAAAUACGACGAGCUGAAUCAUCGUUAAUAUUUCAUUAUACAUGGACAUUAUAUUUACAAUAUUUGCAUUCUUAUUUUAACUGUAUAUGGAAUUUAUUUCAAUAA